AAUCUCCUUCCUCUGCUUAAUUCGUCAAACACUCGCCAGUCGUUCGCCACCAUGACCACUCACAUUGAUCACUUGUGGCUCUUCGCCUUAGCCUCCAAAUGCACUCACACCAACCUCUUCUGGUCCUUUUUCUUCCUCGCCUUCCUCCUCUGGUUCACCAUCUCUCUCUUUCACCGUUCUCACCCCGGUGGUCCUGCUUGGGGCAAGUACUACUCCACCGCCAAAUCCAAACCCAGCGGUCAUUCACCUUCUGCUUCUUUCUCUUCUCCAUUAACAAUCCCUGGCCCGAAAGGAUUUCCUCUGUUUGGUAGCAUGAGUCUUAUGGCUUCUCUUGCCCACCGGCGUAUCGCUGCGGCCGCAGAAGCUUUUGGAGCCAAGAGGCUCAUGGCGUUUAGCCUUGGCGAAACUCGGGUGAUCGUCACGUGCAACCCUGACGUGGCGAAGGAGAUUCUGAACAGUUCGGUGUUUGCGGACCGGCCCGUGAAAGAGUCGGCGUAUAGCUUGAUGUUUAACAGAGCGAUUGGGUUUGCUUCUUAUGGGCUUUACUGGCGGACUCUGAGGAGGAUCGCCGCCACUCACCUUUUCUGCCCAAAGCAAAUCAAGGCGUCGGAAUCUCAACGGUCCGAAAUUGCAGGCCAAAUGGUGGAAAUGUUAGGAAAAAGUCGGGAAGGCAGCUUGCGAGUUCGCGAGGUGCUAAAGAAGGCGUCCCUCAAUAGCAUGAUGUGCUCGGUCUUCGGACAGCGUUAUAGGCUGGACGAGUCAAACACCCAAAUGGUUGAGCUUGGAGCGUUAGUGGACGAAGGGUACGACUUAUUGGGCACCCUUAAUUGGGCGGACCACCUGCCCUGGCUCGCCGAUUUCGACGCUCAAAAAAUCCGGUUCAGGUGCUCUCGACUCGUCCCCCAGGUGAACCGCUUCGUGAGCAGAAUCAUCGCCGACCACAGAGCCCAAAAGACCCCAACCAACCGGGAUUUCGUGGACGUCCUCCUGUCCCUGCAGGGACCCGAUAAACUGAACGACGCCGACAUGAUCGCUGUACUUUGGGAAAUGAUAUUCCGGGGGACAGAUACGGUGGCGGUUUUGAUCGAGUGGAUACUAGCGAGGCUGGUUCUUCAUCCUGAUGUGCAAGAGCGGGUUCAUGCAGAGCUUGACAAGGUGGUAGGGAGGUCACGUGCAGUCACAGAGGCGGACGUGGCAGCAAUGGUGUAUUUGACGGCGGUGGUGAAGGAGGUGCUGAGGUUGCACCCCCCGGGCCCACUCCUUUCGUGGGCCCGCUUGGCUGUAACUGAUACCGCCAUAGACGGGCAUCACGUGCCAGCGGGGACCACAGCCAUGGUCAACAUGUGGGCCAUCUCGCGGGACCCACAAGUGUGGAGGGACCCCUUGGAAUUUAUGCCCGAGAGGUUUGUCGCAAAGGAAGGCGAGAUGGAGUUCCAGAUCUUCGGCUCGGACCUCAGGCUGGCCCCGUUCGGGUCCGGCAGGCGAGCGUGCCCUGGCAAGACCCUGGGCUUUGCUACGGGCUUCUGGGUGGCUACGCUUCUGCAUGAGUUCGAAUGGACACCGUCGGAUCAAAGUGAAGUUGAUCUCUCAGAGGUACUGAGGCUCUCUUGUGAAAUGGCCAAUCCUCUGACGGUGGAAGUACGCCCAAGGCGCGGGUUAGGGUUAGCCCAUUGUUAAGUAAUUUAAUAUUAAGGUUAAAUGUUAUAUAGGAUAGUGGGUUUAGGCCUGUGAUGGGUAUUAAGGUUUUGUGUUUUCAAAAGUUUGAAGUACGAAGUUUCUAUGAAGCUCUCUCUAUAUUAUUCAAGAUAUAUAAGUGUUGGCGUUGUAAAUAUUGAUGAAAUUAAUACUGUGUUGUGAGUUUA